AUGGAGAGACCGAAGGUGUCUCACUUGGAAACAGUUAAGAGGAUCCUAAGAUAUGUCCAAGGAUCGAUUGGCUGGGAAAUUCUCUUUCUUGCACCGAACACGGGUGGAAAAUGCACUUUACUCGUUUUUACCGAUUCUAAUUGGUGCAAAGAUAAAGAUGAUCGAAAGUCUACAGCUGGAUACAUCUUUAUAUUCAGCAAAACACCAAUCUCAUGGUGCUCGAAAAAGGAACUGAUAAUAGCACUCUCGUCUUGUGAGGUAGGGUACAUUAUUGCUUCAUUAUUUAUGUGUCAAGUUGUGUGGCUAAUGAAUCUAUUGAAGGAUAUGGGUAGCAAUGUGGGUGAUGUUGUUACGCUCCUGGUUGAUAAUGUUUUCGAACUUAAUCUUGCUAAGAGCCCAAUUGCAUAUGGGAUGGGCAAGCACAUUGAGAUGAAGUUUUACUACUUGAGGGAACUUGUUAGUGAAGGAAGGUUGAUAUUAGGAUAUUCUAUAAGUGAAGACCAAGUGACUGAUUUGUUGAUCAAGUGA